AUGUCCAGAUACGGUGCCCUAGGCGCAACUUUCCAAAUCGCCCGCAUCAUCCAAGCAUGCUGCCUCAUCGCCAUCAUCGGCUUAACUGCUAACUUCAUUGCCGAGAUUGUCGACAACGAUGCCACACCUCCAGGCAUCUUCAUCGGUACUAUCACAGUGACCUGCGUCGCGGUAAUUUACUGCGUCAUCACCACCAUCCUCUUCCUUGAUAACAUCCUGCCAUUCCUCGCGUCCGCCAUCGCAGAUGCUCUUGUCCUGGUCGCUGUGAUCGUCGUGGCCGUCAUUAUCGGCAGGCCUCUUUCCUAUCUGCAAUGUAGUGAGAUCGACAAGGUCACGAACGAUAAGUCCUCGGCGUAUGCGUUUGCGACCCAUCUGGACAGUUAUUUGAAACACUUGAACGGGAGGGUCGAGUACGGGAGUUUGAUUGGAGCGUCGAAGGAGGUGUGUUUGGAAGCAAAGUCCAUUUGGGGGCUUAGCAUUGCCUUAUGUAUCAUGUUCUUUUUCUCGGGAGUGUGUUGUGUCUGUCUGUGGAAGCAAAAGAAGGCUGCUACUGCCGGGGUGGAGAAAUUGGACGGUUGA